AUGGAGAGCCCGCUUGCUGUUACAGCAUCAACCCUGUGGCUAGAGGGGAUUCUAAAAUGGUAUUACAACAUUGCAGGAUUCAAUAAACUGAGGGUAAUGGGAAAAGGUACAAUACAUGUGGAUGACGAUGUGAAAGAAUCCAUAAGAAGGCUUCCUGAUAAUCUGUAUAAAGACAGGAUGUUUUGCAUUAAGAAAGCCCUGGACCUCUCCACGAGGCAGCAGAUUUUGCCUAAAGAGUAGUGAACAAAAUCUGAGGAGGAUAAAUUCUACCUUGAACCAUAUCUGAAAGAGGUUAUUCAGGAAAGGAAAGAAAGAAAAGAAUUUAUGGGCAAAGAAAUAAUCAUGUAA